ACACUGUCCUUAUCUGGACGGCAGGGGGCAGCACUGGACCUAGAGAAGUAGGAGGAAGACGUUGGUGGCUGCUGUGAUUUUAUAACAAUGCUUUGAAUCCGACAGUUUAACGGUCAACAAUUGUUUUAUAAACCUCUCACUGGAAACAACCGCGGACAAUGAUGGCCUCCAGCUACAAAGACGAGGACGGACACAUCACCGUGUCGGGGUCCGGAGCCGCGGCCGGGGCCGGGGGCGGCUCUCUGCGGAGCAAGAAGCCUGAAAACACCGCGUUCAAGCAGCAGAGACUCCCGGCCUGGCAGCCCAUCCUGACCGCAGGGACCGUCCUGCCAGCCUUCUUCAUCAUCGGCCUCAUGUUCAUCCCCAUCGGCAUCGGCCUCUACGUGACGUCCAACAACAUCAAGGAGUUCGAGAUCGAUUACACGGGAGUAGAAAUGUCCAGUCCGUGUUUUACCUGCGCACAGAACUUCAGCUGGAACGGCACCAAGCCGUGCACCUGCUCCGUCCCCUUCCACCUGGACCAGCCGUACGAAAGCAACGUCUUCAUGUAUUACGGACUCUCCAACUUCUACCAGAACCACCGGCGGUACGUCAAGUCCCGAGACGACAGCCAGCUGAACGGAAACGAGGAGUCCCUCAGGAAACCCAGUAAGGAGUGCGAACCGUACGCCAAGCACGGCAACAAGCCCAUCGCGCCGUGCGGCGCCAUCGCGAACAGCAUGUUUAACGACUCACUGGAGCUGAUUUACAACGACCCAAACGGCACGAAGGUCCAGAUCCCGCUGACGGCCACGGGAAUCGCCUGGUGGACGGACAAACACGUGAAGUUCAGGAAUCCUGGAGCAGAAAACACGAACCUGACCGUCGUUUUCCAAGGAACGACGCAGCCGGUGAACUGGCGCCGGCCCGUGUUCCAGCUGGACUCCGACCCGGACAACAACGGAUUCAUCAACGAGGAUUUCAUCGUGUGGAUGCGGACCGCCGCCCUGCCCACGUUCCGGAAGCUGUACAGGAUCAUCCAGAGGCGGAGCAACGUGCAUCCCACGCUGCCGCGCGGCAACUACACCCUGGAGGUGGUGUACAAUUAUCCGGUGCGGAGCUUCGAGGGCCGGAAGCGGAUGAUCCUGAGCACCAUCUCCUGGAUGGGCGGGAAGAACCCGUUCCUGGGCAUCGCCUACAUCAGCGUGGGCUCCGUCUGCUUCCUGCUGGGCGUCGUCCUCCUCAUCAUCCACCACAAAUACGGGAACCGCAACAACGCCGCCGAGAUCUCCCACUGAGAGCCAGCCGGGCCGGGCCGGUUCUGCUGCAGACAGCAGCGUUGAGGUUGAAAUCAGCUUUUUUAGAUCCUAACAACACGGCAGGGCGAGGCGGAGCAGGACAGGAAAACAAACCCGAUAAGUUCUGGAGCGACCCGCCGGGUCGCAGACGUAACGUCCCCACUGCAGGAACCAGGUCCAGCUACCAGAACCGACCCAGGUCGUUGGGAUGGGUGGUCAGGAAGUCCGGUCGGUUCCGUUCUGACGUCUCAGUAAAAUCAGUGCAGCUGCAGGAGUCUGUGCGCAGGGAGCUGGUUAAUCCUUCUGACUGAAGCGUUCAGCGGUUCUGUUCUGACCCGGAUGACCAGACAGCGCCUGCGGUUCUUUUGAAAUGAACUUCCUCAGAGCUCAUCCUCAGAACCUCUGGGUUUAGUGAGUUUCUCGCUUUCAUUCAGUUUGGAGACAUUUUUAUUUUUUGGUUUUAACGAGAAACUAAUUUUCUUGUUGUACCGAGUUUUGGCAUCAUUUUCAUGAGAAGGUUUUCUUGAUUAGUCAGAAACUUUCUCCUCCUGGCGAUAAAAAGCUUCUGAAUCUGUUCCAGGAUGGAAACGCUGUGAGACAAACGGAUUUGAACCUUUUGGUUUUCUGCCCCGUUGUGAAGCUUCCUCCCAUCCUGCAGGGGGCGCUAACCCCAUCCAACUGUGAAUGUUAGCGCUAGCGUUAGUAGAGUAGCUGAGGCAGCAACACCUGGUUAGAUAAGGCUAUAAUAAUAAUAAUAAUAAUAAUCUGUCUGCAGAAAAGCAGGAUGAUCAUUUAAAGACAAUUCCUUCACAUUUUGGUCAUAAAUAUUUCCAGCAUUUAGAUCCAGGAAUUAUCCAGGUCCAUUCAUCAUUUCUUUACAUUUUCCUUCUAAUCAGUUUAAUUUUAAUUGUUUUUAAAAAUUAAUGUAGAAGAAAAAGCAGGAAUAGAUCUAGAAGAACCUCCGCUGUAUCAGAGAACAGCGAUCCGUCUGAGCGGUCCUGGUUCUGGUCCUGGUUCUGGUCCUGGUUCCUGCGGUGGGUCUGAGCGUUGCGUUGCUGCAUGUGAUCACGGCGCUGCCGGCGUCUUGGUGCCUCGUCUUCACUUCCUGAAGCGAUGACCUGAUUAAACUCUGUGGUUCUUGGUGUCUCUGUGCUGCAUGAACUAAAUGCCUCUUUUGUUUCAUUUCUGCACUGAUGACGUUUGUUUUUAAUAUUAUUGUUGCUUUAAAUUAAUAAAUUCUUCAUUU